AUGAAAACUAGUACGACACAGUUUAAAGUAAUUGUUGAUUUUAUGGAAAGGUACGGAGAUCUUAGUAAGAGCCAAAAUGGGCUUGAGGGCAGGCUAGAAUCUAUAAAGAAAUGGCAAAUGUUAACAAAUUCUCUAAAUAAGGAUCCAACAGGUGAUAGACGGCCUAUUGAAAAGUGGAAGAAAGUUUGGAGUGAUUUCAAAAAUAAUACCAAAAGAAAAAGAACAAAAAUAUUAAAAUAUGCCGGUUUACCUGAACAUCUGCGACCUAAAUUGGCAUUAAAUGACUUAGAAAAGAGAGUUCUUAAUGUUGUGGAUCAAGGAGCCCCUAUGGUGGAUGGUAAAACAGGUGUAGGGGUGGAGAUACAGUAUAUGGAUAGUUUACCUCAGGCAGAAGGUACCGCACCAACAACAAUGCAAUUCAUAUCAACGGAGCAGAAUUCACAGACAUUUCAUGCUGAGACUAUGUCAGACGGAAGCAACAGCGAUUAUUUCACAUCAUCCGAUGAGUCUUCAGACAGGAGUUCCGAUGAAUCUAUUGAAACUGAUGAGAGGAGGAUGUCUUCGCCUCGUUCUGGUCACGUUAAUAACCAUCGUAAUGUUUUUCAACGAUCACGUAAAUCCAAAGGCAGCCCUGCGGGACCAUCUCAUGUGGAUCCAUUCGAGGCCAGCGAUAAUCGUUGGAGAAAACUCUUCUCAGAACUUACAUCUGAACACAUACGACUACGAAAAAGAGAACUCCGACAGCAAGAACGGUGGCAUGCUCUGUUUGAAAGAUGUGUUGAUUGCAUAGAAAAAUUUAUCAAUAAAUGA